CUGGCCAGCUUCAGAGUUGGUAUGACGUUCACAUCCUUGUACUAGUCAUACCCUCAUGGGCUGCUUGGAGGACAGUAUGCAAAGAUAAUUUAGGCGUACGUAACAAACAGCGUCUGGGUGCAUAUUUUAACCAUGAAUGACUAAUAGAAGGUCGGUUUUUUCUUAUUUCUCGUACUUUAUAUUUGAAGCUAGUGUGAACAUGGCCAUGUGCUCAGUUUUGCUCAGUAGUUUUUCAUUUCACUUUUACGAUAUUUCUCUAAUACCAUAUGAUUAUACAAGUAUUAACAUCUCACCAACAGUACAUACCGCACUAUUUGUUAGAAUACCUACGAUCAUGGUGUUGGUAGCGAUGUGAUAUAUAUUCAUUUCGUAAACAAAUGUGAAGGGAGGUGUAUAAAAGGGAGUACUGUGGGGAAUGAAAUCUGAUUUUAGGACAUGGUAAGCGACAGCAAAAUAUCAAC